ACCGGGCACAAGAGAGGGAAAUCAGGGGCCCAGGAGAUGCAGGGGUGGAGCAUGUAGCCUGUCCUUGGCCACAGGCUCCACCAAGGUGAACCUGUGUGAGAAGAUGCACCUGGCCCUGCUGGUCCCUGUCCUUUUCUGGAUCUCAGGCUGCUCCACUGCUCAGGAUUCAGUCACAGGGCCAGCCACGGUGAGCGGUCAGGAGCAGGGCUCCUUGACUGUGCAGUGCCGUUAUGACUCAUUCUGGAAGGAUUACAAGAAGUACUGGUGCCAAGGAGCUGAUUGGAGUACAUGUAAGAUCCUCAUUCAAACCGAUGCAUCAGAGCAGUUGGUGAAGAAGGACCGUGUGUCCAUCAGGGACGACCAGACAGACUUCAUCGUCACAGUGACCAUGGAGGACCUGAGGAUAAGUGAUGCUGGCAUUUACUGGUGUGGGAUUGAGAAAAUUGGACGUGAUCCCCAUUUUGAAGUUAAUGUGAACAUUGACCCAGCACCUCAGGCACCCACUACAGUGUUGACCACGCUCCCCAUCACCUCCACCACCAUGUCCACAGUGUCAGUCGCUGUAAACAAGACCAGCAUGUUCCCAAUGACGAGCAGCCGCUACUCCAAUGACAGGCCUGGCGGUGAUGGUGACGGAGGUGGUGGUGAUGGAGGUGGUGGUUUUUUAGAGCUCAGUGUGCUCCUCCCGGUCAUCUCUGGAGUACUGCUGCUUCUCCUGCUGGUGGCCUCGCUCUUUGCUUGGAGGAUGGUGAGGAGACAGAAGAAAGCUGCUGGGCCACACUCAGAGCAGGCUGGUUCCUUGACUUGCACACCCUCCUGUGUCCCCAACCCCAGGUAUCGCAGCAGUCUCUGGAGGGUGAACUCUGUUACGCAAACCUGUCCCUUCAGCAGUCCAGGCCCUCCCACGGCUCCUCUCGGAACAAGGGCUCCUCCACGUCUGCCUCUGGCAAGGCCCACGAAGAAGAAGUGGAAUAUGUCACUAUGGCUCCUUUUCCCAGGGAGGAGAUUUCAUAUGCAGCUCUGUCUUUGGUGGCCUUGGGCCAGGAGCCCAUUUACAACAACACUGGCUGCCGCAUUCCCAGCACAAGCCUUGAGGAGUCCACGCAAUACAGCAGCAUCAGGAGGCCCUAGCCUGUGGCCCUGCUUUGAUCUUGGUCCCUGAAGAAGGCCUGGGAGCGUGUACCCACACAUCUGCCUCUGUGCCUGCUUCCUUACCAGGCUUAGGGGGUGACUUGAGCUCUGACCAUCCAGCCCUCAUGGCCUUUAGCUCUACCAUGAGCUUGGAGUCCAGCCUCAGGGGGCUCCAAUAAAUUGAGUGUCUUCCCACAUCCCCUCUUACAGCCAAUGUACCUUGGAAGGUACAAGGGAGGCUGCUUCAGGGAGGCUGUGUAAGUCGUAACAACGAUAACAACAGUAGUAAUAGCAAUUAACCUCUAUUUAUGGUUUAUCAUAUGGCCCCCAAAGACAUUUUCAUCCUAAUGCCCAUAAUCUGUGAAUUAUCUUAUACGUUGAAAGACAGGUGCAUGUGUGUUUAAGUUAGGAUUUCCAGAUGAUUCUGUACUAUCCAAGUAGGCCCAGAAAAAGGUCACAAGGGUCUCUCUAAGGGGAAAUAGAGCAAGUAAAAAAAAAAGAGAGAGAGAGAGAGAAUGCAUGGUGGGAACAGAAGUGAUGCAGCAGGAACUGGGAUGCUGCAAUCUCCAGAAGACAAAGAAGGCAAGUAUCAGACUGUCACCUGGGUGGGGCCUCCAAGGGGAAUCAGGCCUGAGCUGAGUGCAAUUGACUGUGUACUUCUGGCUUUCAGAAUUGUAGACGAAUAAAGCUUCAUUGUUUGUAUUUA